AUGUCGUUGAAGCGCAAGAGAGAGCUGGAACAAGAACGAGAAAGAGAGAGUCGACGACGGGACAAUAGACCAAGUCCCGAGGCGGUGGUCAAGCGGCCGACGAUGCUGCUGUCGUCGCUGCCACGCAACACGACAGAAGCCACGAUACGAAGGCUGCUGCCAAAGAACCUGAAGCUGGACGACAUGGCCUUUGCGAGCUCGUCUACAGGCCACUCCAUGACUGCUGUUGUUGCUCUGUCACCAGACACGGCCUCUAGCGAUAUUGACAGCGCCGUCAAUGCCUUGCAGCAAAACUACUUGGGCUUCGGCGCAUACCUCAACAUCUCAAAGCACAUUACCAUCAGCUCGUCGCCAGCCUCAGUCCUACAUACUGCAACAUCCGUCAUGCAGAUGCACCCAUUUGGUGCAAAGCCCAUGCCUAGAGAGCCAGCUCCGUCACACUCGUUCCGCAAUGCCCCUCCACCUGAAUCCCUUCCACCACAACUACGCUACCAGGGCCCUCCUCCUCUAGUCGUCAACGUCACGCCUCCUUCAGAUCUCAAACAACUCGCCAUCAUCAACAAAACGGUGGAAAAGCUCAUCACAUACGGCCCCGAAUGGGAGUGCUUGCUCAUGGCUCAAUCAGACGUUCAGCAUGGAGAACACUGGGCUUGGUUGUUCGACAAUACCAGUCAAGGUCAUAUUUGGUACCGCUGGUUGGUCUACCAAUACUACGCCUCCCAACCACCGAAAAAGGAAGCUCAAGACCCCUACCAAUGGUCCAUGAUGGACGAGCUUGCCCGAAUCAACAACCACAUCCGUCCAUUCAACGACGGCCCCUUCUGGAUACCUCCGCCGGAGAAACCAAAAUAUGAGCAUGCUCAAAAUCUAGCAGACUUGAUGUCUGAUUCCGGCUAUGUCUCGUCUGAUCUUGACACCGACGACGAGGAUGAUCACAUCGUCCAAACCCAAGGUGUCGCUCCAGAAGACCCAUCCACCUCACGACCACGUUACCUGAAUCCCUACCGAAAGGCUAAGUUGACCUUUUUCCUGAAUCACCUUCCCGACAGCACUGGCUUGCUGUGUGAAGGAGACGUUCAAGCUGUGACUGAUUUGGUCAUCAAGUUUUCUGGUCAAGGUGCCGAGGAAGUUGUCGACAUGCUUGUCUCAAAUCUUGAGAACCCCUUUCGCUUUUCGGUCAACUACAAAAUUGAUCGUCCGUCGGACGACAAAGACCAGGAAGAGGUCGAUGAUGACGACAACUACGAUCCCGAAGUCGACGGUCCUCGAGCUUCAUUCGGCAUGCUUGGAGGCAACGAUGAAGCAGAUGUUGAGGAGCCCACACAACAAGACACGACUGAGAUGCAAGUUGAUCAAGCGAACGACAUCAAACCAGAUCCCUCGACAGGCAGAGACAUUACAGGCGCACAGUUGGUGGGUCUGUAUGUCAUCAGCGACGCACUAGCCGCUACAUCAGUCUCUGGCGUCCGCGACGCCUGGAAGUAUCGCUCACUCUUCGAGUCAGCCUUGACAUCACGUCAGGUAUUCGAGAAGCUAGGUCGUAUGCCCAAGCAAUAUGGCUGGGGACGCGUUCGCGGUGAGCAGUGGAAGAGUCGCAUCACAGUAGUCUUGGAUUGCUGGGAGCGAGAAAGUAUCUUUGCGCCGGAAAGCCACAGAAGAUUCAAGGAAGCGUUCCUGAGCCCGCCAUUGACAGAUGCAGAGCAGAAACUCAAGGAUGAGCAGGAAAAGCAGGAGAGAGAGGAGGACUUAAAGAAGAGAUGGAAGAGUGGUGAGGUUGGAAGUAUUGUUGCCGCUGCUGCUGCUGCACCCGAAGUCGCAGUUCAAACGACGAAAACACAUGAACCUGCACCGAUCCAACAGCCGGUCAGAAGACAGCCAUCACGGCCUUCGGCUGCAGAUCUCAUUCUCGCGACAGCAGAUGGCGAAGCACCACCCCCCAAGCCAGCACCAAAGCUGUCCAACUUUUCCAUGUCGCUCAAUGCACCACCUGCUGCCUCUGGAGAGGAAGUGAAGAAGGUAGUUCCUGCUAUGGGGUUUUCACUCGGUACAAGCAGUGCAUCUUCUGGCAAGUUCUCGCUUGGGAGUGCCAAGACUUCUGCUGAGGCUGUGAAGGAAAAGAAGAGGGAGAGUUUGGCUCUUUUUGGAGACUCUGACUCUGAAUAG